AGAUGGCGUUGAUCUUAAACAAACAGAAAGCGAAAGAGGUUCGUAAACAAAAACAUUUCAAACUGGUUUUAAAACAGAAUAAUGGGUAGGAAACUGAAGAGAUGACUAGGCAAGUAUUAAAUGAAUUCUUUUUCUCUUUUGAUGUCCAUGACCUCGUUGAAAGAUACCUCACCAUACGUUCACAUAAUCUAUAGAUUUUAAUUAUUUAUUUCGAAUUUUUAACGAGGGAUGCACACAUUAUUACUCGGAUGGCUGCCGACUGAUGAGAACCGACCGGAUGAAUCCGAGAGCGAGGACUCAAAAGAAAAGAAGCUGACGAAUUCCCCCGUAGGCUAUAAUAACUCUGUUGUGGUGUAAGCCCAUACACACACACACACACAUACACACUACUUAUACACCAGCAGCCGAGCGGAGGUUUCAGCACAGACCGGAAAUGAGUCACACACCCACAGCGCCAGCAAAAGAAAACUUCCUUGCGCCGGAUCGACCAGCCCACCCCAUUUACCCAACAAACCGCCUCUACUCCGGCGAAGCAACGCUUACUUAUCUCGAUUUUCUUGUUCAAUUAUUCUCCGAAUUGCAAUAAAAAAACAACACAUACCCUAGACGUUUUUCCAUUUGUGUAAUGAUGACGCAACGUGUAUUUACUGGCAAACUGUUACGACAGGUCCAUAAUCAAAAGUAUUCAAAGUAAGCAAAACUCUUUCGCUUGGAUGACAAAUAAAAGGAGUCAGUCGACCAAAUAUUCACCUCUUGUCCAGUCCAGUUAUCCGUCGUCUUUCAGCCAAGGAACAACAUGUCCUCGACGAUUUCAUCAGAGCGGGAACGAUCAGUCGAGAACAGCUGCUGUGCCUCUUCUACAACAGCAACAUCGUCCACAGCGUUACGACGCAAAGGCAGAUGCAAAUGGUUUAACGUGUCCAAAGGAUGGGGAUUCGUUACGCCGGACGACGGAAGUCCCGACAUCUUCGUUCAUCAGAGCGUGAUCCGGAUGAGCGGGUUUCGUAACCUGGCUGAGGGCGAAGAGGUCGAGUUGGAAACUAAAGACGUGGUUAAAGGAGAAGAGGCAACGAUGGUGACUGGGCCUGGUGGAUCCGAAUGUUGCGGUUCACAAAGGCACCCAAAAAAGACGAUAAAAUCUAAAAGGAUCAGAUGCUACAACUGCGGAGUAGUCGGAAGUCACAUCGCUCCUAAAUGCACAAUGGGACCUCAGCCCAAAAGAUGUCACCAGUGCAAAGCAGAGGAUCACCUCAUUUCUGAGUGCCCUAGUAAAUCGGAACGUCGGAGUCGGGCUGCUAAUACAAAUACGGAAAGCAAGAAAAGCGCACCUGUCUGAAAAGCAGACGAAACUUUAGCGCAGCACAAGCAGAUCCACCUGCAGCUCACUACGAGCCAACAGUUUUUCCUACCGACAUAACAUAACGAACAGCAGCAAACAGCCCCGCCAAUUAUCAAAUCCGGAAAUUUUUAUUACGUAAUGAAACAUAUCUUUAAAGGUACGUCGUUUAACGUAUCUAUCUGCUCCUCUAGCCUUGCUCAACUGCAUUCUAUUUCCACACACGCUCCUCAGGUCACAUGUUGAAAAAAAGUUCAAAAUAUUCAGAAUCAAAAAAUGAUUUGUCACUUUAUCCUACCAAAUGUUGUAUACCGUUAAACAUUUCUAACUAUUGUUAUUAUUAUGUACCUGUAGUUACAUAAUAAUGCCAUACAUUUAUCUACCUCGUUAAGCGUCAUGACAGUCCCUUCUUCAAGAAUAACGUGAAACAAUAUGCGCCCAUACGGUUUAGUUUCUUUAGUAACUUUGGGAGAGUUAGAUUUCUCUGAACCUGUUGCUAAUUCAAGUACUCGAUAGCUAGCAUUGAUUCCGUCACUGCCUUGUAUGGGGAAAAUUUGACUUAACAAUUAGUUUAUGUUCUGUACCUAUCUGUGGAAAUCAGAAAUCAUUUUUGAUUACCUUUGACAUUCAAUUGAUCUGCAAAUUGCUGACCAAAACAUAGAAAUGACCAGAUUCUCCUUAAUAGGAGAUUUUAGCACAUUUAAAUCUAAUGCAGCCUACGAGUAGUAAUGAUACAGUUGUUAGACAUUUAAAUUCUUAACAAGCUGCCAAAGAGUUCUAUAUUGAAUGGUGUUACCUGUUUGAAUUACAACUUGUAGUUGCCCCAGUUCCUCUUUCAGGAAUGAAACACAGUAAUUUCUUCCAUCACAUUGUUCAAGACCAACUUUUGGAAGUUUAAAUCACCUUCAUUUGCAUGUUUUGUGUAAAUACAAAUGUAGUGUAAUUUUGUGGGUAAGAUUUGACCAGACUAUGUUCGUUUUCUGCGAGAGGUUAGACACAAAUAUACAACGUUGCAUGGUGUGCGUAAAAACUCA